AUGACUGUGAAGAGCAAUGUUCAACCCGAAAUCCCUCGCAUUGACGCCAAGAAUGAUAUUUCACUGGUCUGGCCAACAGUACAGGAAUACGGCGCAGCGAUCAUUGAAAACUUUCUGCCGCCCGACGUCGUCCAGCGCCUCAAUCAAGACCUCAACCCGUUCAUACAGACCACCCCAACACCGGCGGCCGAGGGCAAGGAUUUCCCCAACCGUCUCUUGUCCCUGAAGACUAAAUUCGUCACUUGCUUAGCUAGCUGUUCUAAAACCUUUCGGGAGGAUGUCUUGAACAAUGGACAUUUGCAUCAGAUCUGUCAGGACAUCUUCAAUGAGGCUUAUGGGGACUACUGGAUUCUGGCCAGUGCAGCCAUGGAGCUGGCUCCCAACAAUGCUGCGCAAGCCCUGCAUCGGGACCUAAGGGCUAGUCAUCCUCUUUUUGACUACCUCAGACCAGAUGCACCCACCGCGGCAGUGAACUUUCUCAUUGCAAUGAGUCCCUUUACCGUUGAGAAUGGUGCGACUCAUGUGGUCCUGGGAAGCCAUAAUUGGAAAGAAGUUGGCGCGCCCUCGCAAGAUGAAACUGUUCAGGCAGUGAUGCAACCAGGAGAUGCCUUACUUAUUACCGAGCGCACUGUCCACGGCGGAGGACAGGACAUCACCGGCGUUGAGACUCGCCGCUUCGUUUCUCUAACCAUGUCAGCCAGCCAGAUCACCCCCUUCGAAAGUCACCUUGCAAUUCCACGCCAGAUCAUUGAGAGUCUAACCCCGCUCGCUCAGAAAACUCUUGGCUGGAGGAGUCAACGAUCAUCCGCUCCCAACGACCUUGGACUCAUGACUGUGCAAGGACUCUCUUUGGAGAGAAAGCUGGGGUUGAAGUCGGAUCAAACAUUGGUUAAGGAUGGAAUGAAUUCUCACUAG